AUGUCUUCAGCAGAGCCGAAUCAACCCAAUGAUUCAAACAUAGUUAAUGAUACCGCCAAUUCUGCAGUUAACUAUAACGAGAAACAAAUGAAAUUUAAAUCUCCCAUGUGGCGUCAUUUCACCUAUGAAGAUGUCAAUGGAACCAUAAUGGAUGUUUGUUGUGUUAUUGAUGGUGACGAUUUACAUUCUGAUGAAGACGACGAGGGAAUUGAGGGAGGAUAUUCAAAUGUCAAAGAAUGA